AUGCUGCGAGAAACUGUCAAAAUCCUAGUCCUAGAGACGGACGAGACAGAUCCACGGACGAAGAAGAAGCACGGAGGAUUCGGCGAUGUCUUUCGCGAUCUAUUCCAGACGGCCGGACGCAGCCAUGAGCCUCCAUUGGGUGUCGAGCUUGAUAUGCAUUUUGUGGUGGACGAUCCAGACAAAGGCCUGCAUGGACACGUACCCAAGGCAUUCGAGAUCCCGAAAUCCUUCAAUGCGAUAUUGAUCACAGGCUCGACUUAUGAUGCCCAUGACGAAAGCAUGCAAUGGGUAAUGGAGCUUCGUCUGCUCGUCGAAGAAUUGUGGCGAACACGGCCCGACAUGUAUUUCAGUGGCGUAUGCUUCGGGCAUCAACUUCUUGCUAGAGCAUUGGGCGCCAAAGUCGAGUCGGCUCGUGGAGAGAGAUGGGAAUUGGCGCACACGUCGUUGGAUCUUACUCCAGUGGGCCAGAAAUUGUUCAGAACCGAGGACAGGCAACUUGCAGUCCAUCAAAUGCAUCAGGAUCACGUCACCACGGUACCAUCUUUGGAUACGACUGACUUGUUGGCGCCGAAUGCCAAAGUCCACGUCUGGGCUUCCACUGAGCACACACGAAUCCAAGGAUUGUAUGUCCGAGACCGACUCUUCACAUCUCAAGGACACCUAGGCUUCGACGAGGAUAUGGUCCGAGGACAGAUUGAAGCCAGAAUUGCUAGCGGCGCCAUUGAUGAUGAUGAUGCGAAAGAAGUUGCGUACGCGGACGAGACUGCUCAUAUGAAGCACGAUGGAGAGGUCGUCGCGGCGGCAAUUUUGAGAUUCUUCCACGGAGACGAUCAUGACGUUGAUUGA